AUGACAUCUGAUUCCGAAGUUAUGCUUAAAAAUGACGGAACUCGAAUGGAAAAGAAGGUAGUUGCAACCCGCAUAACCGGGGUAGUUAAGUGGUUCAACGUAAAAAGUGGAUAUGGGUUUAUCAAUCGUACUGACACGAAAGAGGAUAUAUUUGUGCAUCAAAGUGCAAUCCUCAAAAACAAUCCUCACAAGUGGCAACGAUCUGUUGGUGAUGGUGAAGAGGUUGAAUUCGAUGUAGUACAAGGUGACAAAGGACUUGAGGCUACGAAUGUCACCGGGCCACACGGUGUACCUGUCCAAGGGAGUAAGUACGCAGCCGAUAAGCGUCGCUAUCGUUCUCGCUCCUUCGGCCGAUGGAGACCUUGCCAAUUAAUAUGUGGAAGACCAAAUCUUAGUUUAGCACGAAACCAGGCACCAAUAUUCACAAGGUCAUCUUCAAGUGAUUCCCGGGUCGCCUCACGAUAUGAUGAAAUGGCGGUGGAAACUGACAGAUAUUCACUGAAUGGUCCUCGAAUGUCAAGAAAUCAGUUCUUUCCACAUCAACCUCCAAUGAUGCCACUGCUACCCCAUCAAAAUAUGUUCUUUCCUAGACGCCCACUUAACAUGCGACAGGUGAUGAAUUAUCGUGGAGCCUAUUUCGGUCCUCCAAUAAUUUUCGGCUACCGCCGCGGAGCAAAUCUACUUCGACGCCGAUUUGCUACCGCAUACGAGCAGUCGGGUAACUGCCCCAGUAUGAAUGUGCUUCGGCCAGGUGCUUUCUCUGGACAACCAAACGGUGGAAGUUCCCGUUACCCAGUGUUGGCUUACGCUACUGAUCGCCGCGAUCCACCAGUUUUAGCAGUCCCUUAUGAACCAGUAUCCGGAUUUCGCUCAAUGAAAAGCUUCCGUGGAAGAGUGGCAACGAACGUCGGUCGUGGAAGAGGUGCAUAUUCCUAUGGGUUUAGUAGUCUGCCGAAAGGAAAGGACCACAAGCCAUCGACAGUACAGGGCACAUCAGAACCUUCCGUCAAUGCUGACACGGAGCAGUCCACAGCGCAGAAUGCUGUGAAAGUACCAAUAACUGACGAGAAAGUUGAACAGGAGAAUAAUGAAACUGCACAAAACAAACCCAAUGAGGAAGGAAACGAACAAUUAAUUCUCGCGAAACAAGAAAUGAAGAUGACGGAUAAGCCGAUAUCAGGGCCCAAAGUCGAAGCCAGUGGAGACACGGCAGAGGAUACCGUAACUACUUCUGAACCUGUGACAAAGAAAAUCGAAAGUACGAUCGAAAUAACCGAUGAGAAGAAACUGGUGGAUACCACCUUGAGUUCUGAGAUGUACAUGUUGGUUAAACAACCGUUUCCCGAGACAACCUCUACCCCGUUUGCGAACGGACUAUGUCGUGUCGAGGGUGAACAAGCGCUCGCUUCGCGUUGUCAACGGUUCAACAAAUUUUGGCUGUGA